AGUUUAAGUUUCGAAUUCGUUUAAGACGGUCGCAUUUACUUUAAGGCAACAAGUUGCAAAUUGCUAAUAUUCUUACGGCAUAAUUUAUUUUGCAUAAAAACAAACAAAAAAUUAAAUUUCCAUUAAAAUGAGUUGCCCCUACGCUUCUACGCUAAAUGGAUCGGAACAUGACGAUAAUGCGAUGCCGCUCAGUACAGAAGUUGGUAAAAUCUAUGGGGAAUACCUGAUGUUGGAUAAACUUUUAAGUGCCCAAUGCAUGCUUUCAAAAGAAGAUAAACGUCCUGUCCAUGACGAACAUUUAUUUAUAAUCACCCAUCAAGCUUAUGAGCUUUGGUUUAAACAAAUCAUUUUUGAGUUGGAUUCCAUACGUGAAAUGUUAAAUGAUGAAGUUAUUGAGGAAACAAAAACCUUGGAAAUUCUAAAACGUCUCAAUCGCAUAGUGCUCAUAUUAAAGUUACUUGUCGAUCAAGUACCCAUUUUAGAAACUAUGACGCCUUUAGAUUUCAUGGAUUUCCGUAAUUAUUUGGCACCAGCAUCCGGUUUCCAAAGUUUACAAUUUCGUUUGAUUGAAAAUAAAUUGGGUGUCAAAACCGAACAUCGUGUUAAAUACAAUCAAAAGUAUUCGGAAGCUUUCGGUUGUGAUAAUUCGGCUAUCAAUGCCAUCAUACAAUCGGAAGUGGAACCUUCUCUCUUAGAGUUAAUAGAGAAAUGGUUGGAGCGUACACCGGGUUUGGAGGAGAAUGGUUUUAAUUUCUGGCAUAAAUUUCAAGUCAGUGUUGAUAAAUUUCUGGCUGAACAAGUUAAAAGUGCUAUGAUGGAGAAAGUUGAAACCGCUAAAAAUUAUCGUUUAAUGGAUAUUGAAAAACGUCGUGAAGUUUAUCGCAGCAUUUUCGAUCCAGCUGUUCACGAUGCCUUAGUGUCGCGCGGUGAUCGUCGUUUUAGUCACAAAGCCCUGCAAGGAGCCAUUAUGAUUACAUUUUACAGAGAUGAGCCACGUUUCAGUCAGCCUCAUCAAUUAUUAACUCUGUUGAUGGAUAUUGAUUCUUUAAUUACAAAAUGGCGUUAUAAUCAUGUCAUAAUGGUACAACGUAUGAUUGGCUCCCAACAAUUGGGCACAGGCGGCUCUUCUGGCUAUCAAUAUUUACGUUCUACUUUGAGUGAUCGCUACAAGGUGUUUUUGGACUUGUUUAAUUUAUCGACCUUCUUAAUACCACGUGAAGCCAUUCCUCCUCUAGACGAGACUAUGAGAAAAGAAUUGAUUAAUUGAAAUUAUUUUAUUUUACUUUGUGAAGACUUUUUAAAUAAACUUAACAUUAAAUA